AUGGGUGUCAACACGCUCUCCGCUGCGGCAUACAUCGCGCCAGGUAUGGCUUUCCAUAUUGUUCAGGCGUUCAUUGAGAUGGGCACUCACAAUACCACGGAGUCACUUCAAGCUUUCACCAAUACCCAUGUCCCUGCGCCACCUUGGGCGGCUGUCGCGCCCGUGCAGAUACCCUUGUCGUCGUGCAAUAAAGCCGCUGACGUGUUGGUUGACUGGUUCGGUCCAGACGAUCUGAAGUGCGUUGUCGGUGGCGAGCGCUGGUGGCAGAUCAGAGGAAUGGAUGGUAUUGACUGCGAGUGGGUCACCGAGAAGAAAUUUCUUGACCGAAUCAUGUCUAUCAAUGGGGAGAAGCUCACAGACACCGAAAGAGAAAUACUCCAGAUGGAACACCUGGAAACUGUCAUGCUUUACGUUCAUGGAGGCGCGUAUUUCUGGGGCUCCAUCAACACCCACAGGUAUCAGAUAAUUCGAUAUGGUACCACUUAUGCCCUCAAGGCAGAUUUCUACUUGACAGCACCUCCCCCAGGCGCUGUACACCAACCUGUCCAUCCAUCAAAGAUUGUCUUCGCUGGGGACUCAGCAGGCGGAGGCUUAUGCCUCACAGUCCUCACGAUCUUGAGAGACAUGGGCAUUCCUCAGCCCGCUGGCGCAGUUCUCAUUAGCCCCUGGGUAGACAUGACACAUAGCUUUCCGAGUGUUAUGCAGAACAUGGCUACGGAUAUAAUCCCUCCGCAUGGCUUUAUUUACAAGCCAUCGCCUACAUGGCCCAUUGAUCCCCAUCUGGGAGAAGGGCGCGCGCGAGUAAUACCAACACAGACCAACCCUCCACCGCACCCAGGACAUGCGGACACACUGCAGCCUAGCGAAGGCAGGCUGGUUGAUCAGGUGGGGGAACGGUUGGAUAAGAGUGCUGAACGAGGCGAAGACGUUCACACUGGAGACCUGUCCGAAGGCUCCCACGUCGAAAGCCAAGCAGAGAUGUUCAAAAACUCUGAAAAGGAAACACCAGAUCAGCCUGAAUACAAUCGCGGGCGCAGGAUGUCACUACACUCGAAAGAGCAGCAGCAGCCUGAUGAACCGGAUGGGCCUGUCUCCGCAGCUUCAAGCGGUCACGGACAGGCGAAGUCAGCCGGCCAGGACCCUAACUAUGAUGCCGCCAUCGACUUCUGGGAGCCGAAGCCGCCGAAGGUGUUCAUGGAUGAUCCAAACGCCAAGCCACUCGAACUUCGUUCCCAAAUCCAGCUGUACGCAACUAACGAGCAGCUCACGCAUCCGCUGGUCUCGCCGAUUCUGCAAGGCUCGCUUGGAAACCUUUGCCCCUUGUACAUCCUGGCUGGCAACGGAGAGGUUCUCAGAGACGAGAUCAUUUACAUGGCUCACAAAGCAGCACACCCGAAAGAGUACCCGGCACGAGAAGGUAUACUCAGGGCAGGGCGACGGCAGAGGGAGAACGCAGAAAAAUUCCAAGAGCCGACGAGGGUCCAUCUCCAGGUUUACGACGGCAUGUGCCACGUGCUGACCGUUUUCACCUUCACCGACAGUGCAAAAUAUGCGUAUAGGUCGAUCGCGCAGUUUGUAAGACAUGUCACGACACAGAGUGCAGACCAUCUGGAGCGCAACCCUUUCCCUGAGUUGCAUGUCCCUCCUGAUGAACCUGUGUCGGACUCCGAGGAAGACGAUGAGAGUCACUCGACAUCGCAGCGUGUGACAAAGAAUGACGAGAAAGCCGUUGAGGACAAGAUGCCCAUUGCUACAUCCUCCUCCGGCACCGACCGCUACCGCCAAAAUCAGGAGAAGGCAAAAGAGGAAGACCUUCCACGCGUCAUCAUGCUCAGGGAACGUGUCGAUAUCUUCGGCAAGGUUAGACCUAUGGAAGCCACGCAAGAGAUCGAAGCGUUGCAUUUGGAGCCUUCGAGUGUUGGUCUAAUCAAAGAGGCCCCUGUGAGGCGAUGGCUUACUGGUCAGGAGCAGUGGGACAAGAAGUAUAAACGUGCUGCCGACAAAGUCAUUACCAAGCGACGUCAGUGUGAACGCAAAGCAGAAAGACUGCUACGCAAUGCCAUGGAGCAAGGGAACAUCCACAUGAGUGACGAUCGACCACAGCCACAGCACAGGUCCUCUGAGGCCUCAAUCGCUUCUCGCCCGUCUGGUGAGAUUGUGGCAGACAGACGUUGGGGUCCUCUGGAUCUUGGUGACGAGAAACCCGCGCCGAGUGCCAUUGCUGGACGAAGGGACACUCCCGAGGCUGUUGCGUUGCUCAAGAAGAGCAUAUAUCACACUGCACCUGCAACACAUCGGAUGGUUCCGAAGCUCAAGACCUCUGACGCUAUCCGAGCCGCAUUCGAUCCUGAAGACCAUCCCACCAAGGCACCCCAACAAUCGGUCUCUGAACAACAGAUACACCCACACGGCAUACCAAUACAUGGUCUCCGAAUCUGGCAAUCACUCUUAACGUGA